AUGUUUUGCAUUGCAAUUUCAUCUUCUUACUGAAAUCUAAAGUACACAACUACUAAUUAACUAUUUAUUUAAAUACAUACACAAAUAUUUAAUUACUAAUAUAACAAUAUUUGAAAUAAAGAGAAAUAUUGACAAUUCUCUUAUAUGGUAUAAAGCUUACUUACAUACAUAUUAUUUACUUAUAAACAAAAGCAAAAAUGAUAACUUUAACUAGUCGAAUUUUAAUUAUCAUGGUGACCGUAGCAUUGAUUAUUUUAAGUUUAGGUAUACCGAUUUCAAUGGUUUUAACCUAUAAUGACGACACGCAAUCAAAUGUAAGAUCAUUUACAAUUGAUUACAAAGCAAAUAAAUUUUUAAUGGAUGGUAAAGAAUUUCGUUAUGUUGCUGGAUCAUUUCAUUAUUUUCGUGCUUUACCAAAUACGUGGAGAGCAAAAUUGAGAACAAUGCGUGCUGCGGGUUUAAAUGCUGUAGAUACAUAUGUUGAAUGGUCGUUACACAAUCCUGAGGAAUCAAUUUACAAUUUUAAUGAGAUCGCGAACGUUGAGAGGUUUAUUCAAAUUGCCCAAGAAGAAGAUUUGUAUGUAAUUUUACGCCCAGGACCAUAUAUUUGUGCUGAAAGAGAUAAUGGUGGUUUACCAUAUUGGUUGUUCAGUAAAUAUCCAAACAUAAAAAUGAGAACCAGUGACAGUGAUUAUUUAAAUGAAAUUAAAAUAUGGUAUUCAAUUUUAAUGCCAAAAAUGGAAAAAUAUUUAUAUGGAAAUGGUGGACCUAUAAUAAUGGUUCAAGUUGAAAACGAAUAUGGAGCUUUUCCAGCAUGUGAUAAAAAAUAUUUAGAAUGGCUUCGUGAUGAAACUAAAAAAUAUAUUCAAAAUAAAGCAAUAUUAUUUACAACUGAUAUUCCAGAUGAAACAAUUAGUUGUGGUAAAAUCGAUGGAGUUUUUGCUACAACAGAUUUUGGAGCCGAUAGAGUGCAUGAAAUGGAUCAAAUAUGGAAAACAUUACGCACUGUACAACCAAAUGGACCACUUGUUAAUUCGGAAUUUUAUCCCGGAUGGUUAACACAUUGGCAAGAAGAAAAUCAAAGAAGAGAUCCAGAUGUUAUAGCAAAUGCUCUACGUGAUAUCCUAAAAACAGGAGCUAGUGUUAACAUUUAUAUGUUUUUUGGAGGAACCAAUUUUGGUUUUACAGCUGGCGCCAACGAUUGGGGUCCUGGUAAUUAUACAGCUGAUAUAACAUCAUAUGAUUAUGAUGCUCCUAUGGAUGAAUCUGGUGAUCCAACUCUAAAAUAUCAUAAAAUUCGUGAAGUAAUUAGUGAAUUUUUACCCCUUCCAAACAUACCUGUUCCAGAAAUAUCAAAGAAAAUGUCUUUUAAACCCAUUCCCGUAACACCGAUAGUAAACUUAUUUACAAAUAUUUUAGAACCAAAAUUAUUUGAAAAAACUGUAGAAUCAAAAAAUCCUAAAGGAUUUGAAGAACUUAAUCAUGGUUUCGGUUUUAUGGCAUACGAAACAAAAUUACCAAACUUAAAAAUUGAUCCAACUAUUCUAACAAUUAACGGAUUACAUGACCGUGCUCAAAUAUAUAUUGAUAAUAAUUUUAUUGGUACUUUAUCAAGAGACAAUAAUAUUAAAUAUUUACCAAUAAGUGCUGGUUCUGGUGAAAAACUUCAGAUACUAGUAGAAAAUCAAGGCAGAAUAAAUUUUCAUGAUUUAAAUGAUAGAAAAGGUAUUUUAGGUAACGUUACUAUACAAGGUCAAAAUGGAGUUUUAGAAGAGUUACAUGAUUGGACUUCAAAAUCAAUUCCACUUAAAAGUGAUCAUUUGGAAAAUAUUUUUGAGCAAUAUAAAAAUUCUGUAAAUCCAAUUGAAGUGAAUAAAAAUGGUUUAUUAUUGAAUGGUCCUUCAGUAUUUGUUGGAAAUUUAAUUAUAGAAGAAACAAGUAUACUUGAUACAUACAUAGAUUUUUCUGGUUGGGGUAAAGGUGUUGCAUUCGUAAAUUUUUUUAAUAUUGGAAGAUAUUGGCCAUUAGUUGGCCCACAAAUAACAUUGUACGUUCCAAAAGAAUUACUAAAAACUGGUUCAAAUCCUAUAUUGAUUGUAGAAUUGGAAAAAGUUCCAAAUGAUCGUAAUAUACGUUUUACAGAUACACCAAAAUUGGAUGGAUGAAAAUUUAAAUAAAAAAAUUAAAA